ACUAAAGCUUCUCUCUCUUUCUUUCCUAUCUUUGUCCCAUAAGGUACUCACCUGUAUGGUAUGUUUAUUUCAUGCUUUCCAUUUAGGUCUUUUACACUGUUCUUUUUUCAUUUGCCAGAGAGGAAAUGAUUUGGUGAUGGAGUGCUUCCACUGACAGAUGGACUCACAGGAGAGAAGCUCAGCAGAGGCAGAAGGAGCCAAAGAAAGAGGCCUAGUCCAUGUCUGGCAGGCAGGAUUCUGCUCUAUAACACCCGAGAGACUGCCAGGCUGGGGAGGAAAGACUGUGCUUCAAGCAGCCUUAGGCGUGAGUCAUGGAGUACUUCUAACUGAAGGUGGUGAAGUCUACAGCUUUGGGAACCUCCCCUGGAGAUCAGAACCGGGAGAGAUCUGUCCGAAGAGUCCUCUUCUAGAAAAUGCUUUGGUUGGACAGCAUGUUGUUACUGUGGCAACAGGGAGCUUCCACAGCGGAGCAGUAACAGAGAAUGGCGUGGUGUACAUGUGGGGGCAGAAUUCUGCCGGCCAGUGCGCUGUUGCUAACCAGCACCAUGUACCAGAACCAACACCCGUCAGUAUUUCUGACUCCGAGACAAGCCCUUUGUUAUCAGUCAGGAUUUUGCAGUUGGCUUGUGGAGAGGAGCACACGUUGGCACUCUCCAUAAGCAGAGAGAUAUGGGCAUGGGGCACAGGUUGUCAGUUGGGGCUCAUCACCACUACUUUCCCAGUGACAAAGCCACAAAAAGUAGAACAUCUCGCUGGGCGAGUCGUGCUCCAAGUGGCCUGUGGGGAUUCCCACAGCUUAGCGCUUGUACAGUGCCUCCCCUCACAGGAUGUAAAGCCAGUCCCAGAAAGAUGUAAUCACUGCAGCCAGCUCCUGAUUACCAUGACUGACAAAGAAGACCAUGUGAUCAUUUCUGAUAGUCAUUGCUGUCCAUUAGGUGUGGCACUAUCAGAUACCCAGGCAGAAAGCCACGAUACCAUCACUCCAUCCACAGGGGAGAAUCUGGAAAGCAAAAAUUUAUCCAAAAGCCAGGGAGGAGACAAGAAGACUCUUAGAGAAAAUGGUUUGUCUGUUGCUUCUGAAGUGAAUAUCGAAAAUGUGCAGCCAGUGAUUGAUGAGGCCAUCCACCCUGAACAAGAAAUCACUGGGGCCACAGGCAUUCCCAUUUUGGGAAAAAUGCCAUUAUUCCCUGACAACCACAUAGAAAAAGCAUGCUUACAGAAGUUGUCGGAUGAUUCAUUGCAAGGACAUCCUGAGACAAGUGGCGAGGUAGAGGUAGCACAGCCUCUUACUGAAGAACCAAAUCCCAGUCUCCCCAGCCCACCAACCACAAGUACAUCUGCUCUAAACAGCUUAGUGGUUUCCUGUGCCUCCGCGGUUGGUGUGAGAGUAGCGGCUACAUAUGAAGCUGGAGCCUUGUCUCUUAAGAAAGUAAUGAACUUUUAUAGUAUAGCUCCUUGUGAAAGCGGACUUCAGUCAGGCAGUGCUUCCUUGGGCCCAGAAGGGUUAAAGGAUAGCCGAGAAGAGCAGGUUAAACUGGAAUCUAUGCAAGGAAAGAAGAGUUCAAGUCUUGUGGAUAUUAGAGAAGAGGAAUCUGAGGGAGUUAGCAGAAGGCUUUCUCUUCCUGGAUUAUUAUCACAAGUUUCUCCCAGGCUCCUGAGAAAAGCUGCCCGGGCAAAAACACGAACAGUGGUAUUGACACCUACAUAUAGUGGGGAAGCAGAUGCCCUCCUCCCUUCUUUAAGGACUGAAGUGUGGACUUGGGGGAAAGGAAAAGAAGGACAGCUAGGACAUGGUGAUGUUUUGCCUAGGCUUCAGCCAUUAUGUGUAAAAUGUCUAGAUGGUAAAGAAGUAAUUCAGCUGGCAGCUGGUGGUCAUCAUUCCCUUGCUCUCACUGCUAAAUCCCAGGUUUACUCAUGGGGUAGUAAUACUUUUGGCCAACUUGGUCAUUCAGAUUCUCCAACUACAGUUCCUCGUCUGGCAAAGGUAUGCAAUGAAAAUGGAAUCUGGAGUAUAGCUGCCGGGCAGGAUUAUUCCCUUUUUUUGGCAGAUACAGAUGAUUUCCAGCCUGGAUUGUAUUACAGUGGUCAGCAAGAACCUGUUGAAAGUGAUCAUGAUAUUUGUACUAAGACUGCAACACUGCUGGUAUCCUGUAGUAAGCUUGGGUACAUAAGCAGUGUGGCAGCAGGGAAGAACAACUGCCUAGCUUUGGUGGACAAAAAUAUUAUGGGAUAUAUUGCCAGUCUUCAUGAGCUGGCUACUACAGAAAGACGAUUUUAUUCAAAACUGAGUGAUAUUAAAUCCCAGAUUCUUAGGCCCCUCCUAGGUUUAGAAAAUUUGGGUACCACCACUACAGUCCAGCUGUUGCAGGAUGUGGCAAGCAGAUUCAGCAAGCUGUGUUACCUGAUUGGCCAGCAUGGAGCCUCACUGAGUAGCUUCCUUCAUGGAAUUAAGGAAGCCAGGAGUUUGGCCAUCUUGAAGCAUGCAAGUCUCUUCUUGGAUAGUUAUACAGAGUAUUGCAUAUCUAUUACAAAUUUUGUGGUUAUGGGAGGAUUUCAACUUCUGGCCAAGCCAGCUAUUGAUUUCUUAAAUAAAAACCAGGAGUUAUUACAAGAUUUAUCAGAGGUGAAUGAGGAAAACAUCCAAUUGGUGGAAGUGCUGAACACUUUGUUUUUUUUGCCAAUCAGACGUCUUCAUAAUUAUGCUCGAGUUUUGCUAAAGCUUGCUACUUGUUUUGAAGUGACAUCUCCAGAGUAUCAGAAACUGCAGGAUUCCAGCUCUUGUUAUGAGACUCUUGCUCUCCAUCUCGGCAGGAAAAGGAAGGAAGCAGAAUACACACUGGGCUUCUGGAAGACCUUCCCUGGGAAAAUGACGGAUUCCUUGAGGAAACCAGAACGUAGGCUAAUCUGUGAGAGUAGUAAUCGAGCAUUAUCUCUACAACAUGCUGGUAGAUUCUCUGUGAAUUGGUUCAUUCUCUUUAAUGAUUCUUUGGUCCAUGCCCAGUUCUCUACACACCAUAUUUUCCCCUUGUCUACUCUGUGGGUGGAACCUAUUUCAGAAGAAGUUGGUAGCGUGAAUGGCUUAAAGAUAACUACACCUGAAGAACAAUUUAUUCUUGUUUCAUCAACACCACAGGAAAAAACUAAAUGGUUACGGGCUAUAAGCCAAGCUGUAGACCAAGCUCUCCGUGGUAUGUCUGAUUUUCCCCCAUAUGGAAGUGGAAGCAGUGCUCAGAGGCAAGAGCCUCCUAUUUCACGAAGUGCCAGAUAUACUUUCUACAAGGACCCUCGAUUAAAGGAUGCCAUUUAUGAUGGACGAUGGCUUUCAGGGAAACCUCAUGGCAGAGGGACAUUGAAAUGGACUGAUGGAAAGAUGUAUUCUGGCAUGUUCAGAAAUGGCCUGGAAGAUGGGUAUGGGGAAUACAAAGUCCCAAAUAAAGCACUGAACAAGGAUGACCAUUACGUGGGAUAUUGGAAAGAAGGAAAAAUGUGUGGUCAAGGAGUCUACAGUUAUGCCAAUGGAGAGGUAUAUGAAGGCUGCUUUCAGGAUAACAUGCGUCAUGGUCAUGGCCUUCUACGCAGUGGUAAACUGACUUCCUCUUCUCCCAGUAUGUUCAUUGGCCAAUGGGUGAUGGAUAAAAAGUCUGGAUAUGGCGUAUUUGAUGAUAUCACAAGGGGAGAAAAAUAUAUGGGAAUGUGGCAAGAUGAUAUGUGUCAGGGGAAUGGUGUGGUAGUUACUCAGUUUGGAUUAUACUAUGAAGGAACAUUUAGCCUUAAUAAAAUGAUGGGAACUGGUAUUUUACUCUCCGAAGAUGAUACUGUCUACGAGGGAGAAUUUUCAGAUGACUGGACACUUAAUGGAAAGGGAACACUGACUAUGCCAAAUGGUGAUUACAUUGAAGGUAUAUUCAAUGGAGAAUGGGGAUCUGGGAUAAAAAUUACUGGAACAUACUUCAAACCCAGUUUGUAUGAGAGUGAAAAAGACCGACCCAAAAUUCUUAAGAAACUAGGAAACCUGGCAGUACCUGCUGAUGAGAAAUGGAAGGCAGUAUUUGACGAAUGCUGGCACCAGUUAGGCUGUGAGAGCCCAGGCCAGGGAGAAGUCUGGAAAGCAUGGGACAACAUCGCUGUAGCCCUAACCACCAAUCGUCGCCAGCACCGAGAUAGUCCAGAGAUAUUAAGUCGUUCACAUACCCAGACACUGGAAAGUUUGGAAUUCAUUCCACAGCAUGUUGGUGGUGCCUUCACUGUUGAAAAAUAUGAUGAAAUAAAGAAAUACUUAAUAAAGGCUUGUGACACUCCUCUGCACCCUUUGGGUCGGCUUAUAGAAACCUUGGUUGCAGUGUAUAGGAUGACCUAUGUGGGAGUGGGAGCUAAUCGGCGAUUGUUGCAAGAAGCUGUGAAAGAGAUUCAGUCCUACCUUAAGCGUAUUUUCCAGCUAGUCAGAUUCCUAUUUCCUGAUCUUCCUGAAGAGGGCAGCACAAUUCCAUUGUCUGUUCCUCUACCCCAGGAAAGGAAAUCCUUCUGCACAGGGAAGUCUGAUUCUAGGUCAGAAUCUCCAGAACCAGGCUAUGUGGUCACGAGCUCUGGGUUAUUGCUGCCUGUACUGUUACCUCGACUCUACCCACCACUCUUUAUGCUGUAUGCCUUGGAGAAUGAUCGAGAGGAAGAUAUUUAUUGGGAGUGUGUUCUUCGACUCAACAAACAGCCAGACACUGCUCUCCUGAGUUUCCUUGGUGUGCAAAGGAAAUUUUGGCCAGUGACUUUGUCAGUCUUUGGAGACAGUAAAAAGGUUUUGCCUACUACAAAAGAUGCCUGUUUUGCCUCAGCAGUAGAAUGUCUACAACAAAUCAGCACGACAUUUACUCCAUCAGAUAAACUUAAAGUUAUCCAUCAGACUUUUGAAGAGAUAUCUCAGAGUGUUCUUGCUACACUUCAGGAAGACUUCUUAUGGUCCAUGGAUGACCUCUUUCCUGUUUUCUUAUAUGUGGUGCUACGGGCCAGGAUUAGGAACUUGGGAUCUGAAGUGCAUCUCAUUGAAGAUCUGAUGGAUCCAUAUCUCCAGCAUGGGGAACAGGGAAUCAUGUUCACUACCUUGAAGGCAUGUUACUAUCAGAUCCAGCGGGAGAAGCUGAACUAAAGCCCUGCCACCGGGAAGCCAGAUGGUGCGCGGAUCCGAGACUGCGUCCAGAGCUCAGCCUUCCCCAGGAGCCCAGAGCGGAGCCCCGCUGACCGAGCGGCCCCUGGGCUCCCGGGAGGGCCGUGGAGGAGAAGCCGGGAGGAGGCCUCGUGGGGCAGCAGGGACGGAUCCCGCCGGCUCCAGGACCAGCUUGUCAGAGCCCACGUCUCGCCCUGGCGUUGGGGACGGGACGGGACGGGACCGCAGGCUCGGGGCGAGCUUCUUGGGCUUCUCGGGAAGUCUGAAUGCUCUGAGGCUCUGGUUGUUUCCCUUCUCUAGAAUCAGACCGUACCUUGAAACCACACUUUGCCGCCUUAAAUUCUUUUCAAUCAUGUGUUUAUCUUGUGUUUUAAUAAGAGAGAAAAGAGAAUUUUAGCCUGCACUUUUAACCUUUCUAAAGCUCGUCCCUGGAACCCACAUGCAUGGUGGACCCGUUCUGUGUGGUCGCCGCUGUCCCUGCUCAUUCGUGACGAGGCGUCUCUGGAUAGAAAAAGCGGAAAUUCCGUCUCCCCUUCCUUACCGCGCUGCCAGGAAGGACGGCAUCGACCGAAACUCAAACACUAACCGAGAUGCUGUGAAGGCUGUGUGCGGGCCUGGGAGGAGGCUGGCCCGACCGAGAGACACGAAUGGCGGCCCCGUCCCGCCCCCACUCCCAGGGAACAAAAACCAGACUGGUUGCACGUCCCCGUUUCAGAAGUAUUAUGACCCGAGAAUCUCAGUGUUUUCCUUUUUUACACCUGCCCAGGGUGGUUUCAAGGGAUUGGGGGGGUUCUGGUGUACGAGGACCGCCGUUGGCCCUUGUGCAUCCAGUCGGUGCUUUUCUUCCUCGCGUCCCUUCCACGCGAGGGGCAGCUCCAGAAAACGUCCCUCCGGCUCGGGAGGCCAAGGAGCGCCGCGGAAUCAUGGUCUGUGCUCUCACUGUAUCAAUCAAAACAACUGUUUAUUAAAAACUGUCUGGGAAUGCCGGCUGUGUGUAGCAGCAGUUUUCAUAA